UAAUGUCUUUCUACAAACGGAGAAACGAAAAAAGGAAUUAGCAAAAGCCACAUUCGGACCUAGCUGGACUUUAUUCUUCUUCCCUUUUCAUCAGCGGGUCUGUUGACAUGCAAAUGAGACAGAGGGAGGCGGCGGCGGCAGAAGCCUCCGUGUUUUCACUCCGCACUGUCCUCUCAGACAAACAACAUGCACUACGCGGGACUGUCGGUCUAGCUGACGCCGUCUCCGUCCGAGCCUUUGUGUGACCAUUUGUGUUCGAGCUGCUGAGAGGAUGAAGUGGAUGGAUCCUGACAAUGUGUGGAGUUUGUAGCAACAGAAGAAAGCACUGAAAGCUCCUGUUUGACACCUCUGUCUGCAGCAGAACUCGCCAUGAGUUAGAGGGCAUCGGAGACCAUCGCCACAGCUGCCUUCCCCACCAUCUGGAGCACCGUGUCCAACUGUGACAGCAGCAUCAUUUGCCCUGCUUCAUGAGCCAGCAGGAUGCGGCUGAGGUCCUCGCACUUUCCGAGCGCCUCCUCAUAGCUUCACACAAGGGACAAGCUGACAAUGUGGUCCAGCUUAUCAACAAGGGCGCAAAAGUAGUUGUCACCAGGAAUGGCAGAAGCCCUCUGCACUUGGCUGCCUACAAAGGCCACAUUGAUGUGGUGCGUAUCCUGCUCAAAGCUGGCUGCGACCUGGACAUCCACGACGACGGGGAGCAAACGGCGUUACACCGGGCUGCCGUGGUGGGAAACAGUGACGUCAUCAGUGUUCUCAUACAGGAAGGGUGUGCACUGGAUAGACAGGACAAGGAUGGCAACACAGCUCUCCAUGAAGUGUCCUGGCACGGCUUUAGCCAGUCUGUUAAACUGCUGGUGAAGGCUGGAGCCAACGUUCACGCUAAAAACAAGGCAGGAAACACAGCUCUCCACCUUGCGUGUCAGAACGGUCACUCUCAGAGCUCCAAGGUUCUGCUCCUGGGAGGCUCCAGGCCCGACAGCAAGAACCAUGCAGGGGAUACGUGCUUGCAUGUGGCGGCCCGCUACAACCAUGUGGCUAUGAUCCGCAUCCUUCUGGGAGCCUUUUGCUCCGUGUCAGAGAAGAACCUGGGACACUCUGAAACUUUGCGACAACACAGAAGGAGAACAGGGACAAAGACAGCACAGGAGGUUCACAGGCAGGCUAUACAGAAGGAGGACAAGACUGGGGACACACCGCUACAUGUGGCAGCUGCUCUGAAUCAUAAGAAGACCGUACGCCUGCUGCUGGAGGCUGGGGCAGACAGCCGCAUCUGCAACAAUGCAGGUCAAACAUCUUUGGACCAGGCCAGAGAGCACAACAACCCAGAUGUGGCUCUUCUACUGACCAAAGCUCCACAGGUCCAGAGUUAUGUGCGUGGCAGGAGAGUGAGGAAGAGGAGAGACAGGCUGAAGGCGGAGGGCAGAGCUCAGUCGGUGCCCAGAGAUGAGAUGCUGCCCUGUAAGGACAGUGCAUCUGCUGCAGAUGACACUCAGAGCAGCGACCGAGCUGCCUGCAAAAACGCUGAGGUGACCGAGUCAAACACCAGGAGGGGAAAGAACUGGAAACAGAAAGAAAAACCGUCUUUGUCUGACCCCCUCCGCCGCAGAGAGACCAGGCACAGCGAAGCCUUUCACAAGAGGAAAGGCAAACUGCAAGGAGCUUCCCUCCAUGCCUCCAUCCCACCACACAGUUACAAAGCCUAUCAGCUCUACACGCUGUACCGCGGCAAGGAUGGCAAGAUCAUGCAGGCUCCUCUGAACGGCUGCCGCUGUGAGCCUCUCAUCAGUAAACUGGAGAACCAGCUGGAGGCCACCAAGGAGGAGAUGAAGACUGAGAUACACACCGUCCAAGACCUGAUGAACAGCAAGAUGGGCCAGCUGGACCGCAAAAACAAACACCAGAUCCGAGCUCUUGAUAAGAUGACAGUGGAGAGAGUGUCAGCGGAGAGCAGCAAGUGUCAGCAGAGGAUCGAGCAGCGGGCCCUGCAGGAGAGACUGGAGGCAGAGAAGAGACAGCAGGCGUCCCUGGUCAGUGAGCUGAAGAGCUGGUGUCUGUCCAAGCUGCAGAACAUGGAGGUUCGCUUCACAGUAAACCCAGGCAGCCCCAGGCUUCAGCGCUUCUCCUCUGUGGCCGAGGGCCUGAAUGAAGUCGAUGUAGCCGGCCUCACUGUGCUGCCUUCUGGCCAAGAAAGCAGCUCCCAGUGCCUAGACCUCCACCACAGCCCUGCCUUCCUAGAGUCCACCCGGGGGGAGCCCAGUGUGGCAGAGGAUGGCUCAGCCAAUCACUACUUUGUUGUUCAUAUGGAGAGCUCUCCAGAUGGUGAUAAGGGUCAAAAUGCAGAAGUCACCUCUCCUGCAGCAGCCAAGAGCCCGCUGUCAUCUGUCCAGGUGGUUCGGCCAAAGGAGCAUUCAGUGAUCUGUGCUGACACCCAGAGGAAGAACCAGGACCCGCAGGACGCGAAGACGGUGGAGUACGGAGCGACAGGGGGCAGGACUGACAGAGCCAGCAGUCUGUCUCCGGACACAGAGCGCCGCUGCAGCAGCAGGACUGAAGCCGGACUCAGAGACAGGGAGCGAGGACGUGACAGAGGGAAGCAUCACAAGAAACAUUCCCAGGGCAGAACUAAAUCCAGAGGGGCCACGGGGGUCAAGACUCUGGAGGUCUUUGCAGACAAGCCCAGUGAACCCUCCGUUUCCUUUGAUCAGGAGAGGGACAACAUGCAUGCUCUGGAGGUGACCCAGUACUUCUUCGAGGCGGUGUCGACGCAGAUGGAGCACUGGUACGAGAGGAAGGUGGAAGAGGCUCGCUGGCAGGCCAAUCAGAGGGCUCAGGCCGACAAAGCCGCUCUGAUUGAGAGGAUUACUUACCUGGAGGACGAGCUGCGUGUGCUGAGGGCUAACAAACAUGACGACUGAUUUGAAUCAUACCAUUAUGGAAUACAGCUGUUCCAUUUUUACAGAUGCUAUAAAAUGCCUAUUGGUUGUCAUGGUAGCACUGGACUGGUAUAUUGAGAUGUGUAUAUACACACAUAAAGUAAUAAGGGCAGGUUGUGUGCACUGUUUUGUAAAUAAGCCAGAAGAUACAAAGCUAGGCAUUAAACGAUUGAUCUAAUGUGCCAUUCAUAGGAUAUGUAUACUACAUCAUAUCCAACUGCACUGUGUGCAGUGUCUACACACACACAUCUACACAUUAUAAGCCCAACCAUACCAUGAACAGAAAAACAUGUGUAAACAUCGUUCAUUAACAUCAGGCAUAAAUGUCUGCACGAUGGUAUCAUGCUGGAAUCAGCCCUGUGACUUUAGAGAAGAACCUACUGAUUAUUUAUGAGAGCUAAACUGACACUGUAUGUAACAUUACUGAACGUUUUUUUAAGAGUAUCAAUGGUUGAUUUUGCUGCGUUGUAUGAUUUGUAUGGAGGCUGGAGUAUGCCCAUAGAAUAACUGUAGACGUUUAGUGUUUAAAUAUAAUUUGUUAAAAAAUUAUUAAAAGUUUAAUAAACACUCAUUCAUUUAUAUAAAACA